UGCGCAGCCCUUCCAUUUUCAAGCUCGAACCGCGAAACUGAGCAACACGGAGUGGAGGCCUGAAUUUCCAAUUCCUGGUGAACGGAAUCACAAAAUGGAGUAACAGAGGUUAGCCAGCCGCUCUACCCUGUCAAUAAUAGUGACUAACUGUCCUGAUGAAACCUACUCGAGGUUCAGCUCGAUCCUCCACACAGCGUCCUAAAGGUGGAGGUCGGGGUGGAAGAGGGUUCCAGCAACAAAGUCAAAAACAAUUGCCUAAUGAUGGGAGUAUGCAAGAUAAGUCAAGCAAGAACAGCGAAGCAGUGCCUGCGGUGGCUGGAAAAGCCCAAAAAAGCAGAAAGUUGCGAGGACAGGAGAAAUGGAAGCCGUUGAGCAAAUCCUCCAUUGCAGCCAUUGACAACAUGCUGGGUUUGUCAGUGCUAUCUGUUCUCACAUUAAGGAGGAAAGAAAAAGAGGAAUCACAGAAACACCUCAACUUACUAAAGAAUCAGUUCCUCGCAAAAUGUGCCCAGCUCCCUGUGCCAUCACGGAAAUCGGGAAACAUGAUGCAAGUGUCCCAGCAGUUCCAGGCAGAGCGCCAGAAGAUUAACCAUGGCAAAGAAAAACUUCAGGCAUACGAGGAAAGCAGUAAAGAAGUGCUUAGCAAGCUGGAACAGCUGCAGGGAACGAGGGACAUUUUGGAGGACAAGUGCAGGAUCAUGAGGGGCAAACUGGAGACAGAAGAGGAAAAUGCACAGGAGUUUACUCAGCUGUUUGAGCAAGCUGUCCUGCGCCUUCCUGCCUUACCAGCACAUUGCGAUGAUGAGCCUACAUUACAGGAGCAGAUGAUGAGAGUGGUGCCUGAUCCCAAAGCUGUCAUGAAGGCUCUUCAGAACAGUAAGGUCACAGGGCAUGUGAACGACUUCUUGGAAGUGGCACAUAAGCAGGCAGAUCUGCUCUGACUGUAGACACUGGGGACAGUGUCCUGUAAUUUUUCUUUUCCUGUAAAAGUGAAAGUAUUUCAUUACUAGAUAAUGAGAUUUUGUUUUGUUAUCAGCUUUUACAAAUUGUAUGUAUAUGUAAUUGAUAAUAAAAUGGUACUGAACAUUUAA